AGACCCCACAAAGAGGGGACACGCAAGAUAUCUCUCUAUCUUCUCAUCCACCACUUCUCCAAUUGGAAGCACACGCCAACAAUCUAAUUUCUCCAUCAUUCAACAUUUUUCGAUGUUCAUAGCCACACCACUAACCUCGAUCUGCGUCGUUGUUUCUCCUGUCAUCCGUUCUUGAGACCCCAAAUGGCCUCUGCCAGUGCCACCACUCUCUUCUCAUCUAACCCCAUGUUUCCCUCUGACUACCAUUCUCUCUCCCCCUCUCCAACCAUUCCUAAAUCCUUCACUGGCCUUUGCAAGCCCUUCCAUUCGAGGGUUCCCACUUCCAUCCCCUGCUUCCGUUGCAGAAGACCAAAGUUCUUUGUCACAGCCACUGUAAUAAAGUGGAGAUGUCCAAAGCAAACCAUCCCUCCCAAUUCUGAUACUGGUUUCCAAAAGAAACUCCUCUAUCUAGAAUCCAUUGGCAUUGACUCUUUCUCACUUAUUGAAAACCAUCCAAUGCUGAUCACUACCUCUCUUACAGACAUAAAAUCGACUGUGGAAUAUAUCACCUCGAUGGAUUUCACUGCAACCGAGUUCCGGCGUAUGGUUGGCAUGUGCCCGGAGAUUCUGACCACCAAUGUCUCUGACAUCAUACCGGUGUUCACCUUCCUUCAUGACGAGGUACACGUGCAUUGUUCAGACAUUAAGCGGGUCAUAAAUCGGCGUCCGAGGUUGCUUGUGUGCAGUGUGAGUAAGCGACUUCGUCCUACCCUAUACUUCCUCCAAAGUAUUGGCAUAGAAGAGGUAAACAAGCAUACUGACUUGCUAUCAUGUAGUGUUGAAGAAAAGUUCAUGCCAAGAGUAGAUUACUUUGAGAAUAUUGGGUUUUCUCGGCGUGAUGCAACUUUAAUGUUUCGCAGAUUUCCUCAGCUGUUUUGUUAUAGUAUUAAAAAUAAUUUGGAGCCUAAAUACAGUUACUUUGUGGUAGAGAUGGGGAGAGAUUUGAAGGAGCUGAUAGAAUUUCCACAAUAUUUCUCAUUUAGCCUUGAGAAUAGAAUUAAGCCUAGGCAUAAAAAGUGUGUAGAAAUGGGGCUGUGUUUUCCUCUCCCUGUCUUGUUAAAAACAAAGGAAGUGAAAUUUCAAAGUAGAUUGGAAGUAUUUGUAAAUUCUUCAACACCCUUGAAAACAUCCCCUCUGUGGUGUGCUGGCUCUGAUUUUUAUCAAGUAUAGAAUAACAAUUGCAUUCUACAUUUAA